ACAACUUGGCAGUUGCGCAACACUGCAAUGGAUUUUGCAGCAUUUGGUCACACUGCGCUCCAAGAGUUAUUCACACGUGCUGUUUUGAAAACAUUUUAUUAAAGAUCAGUGCACUAAAAAGCUUAACUAUAUUGUGGAAAUGACACAUCUGCAGGCAGAAAGCAAUGCGGCUGCAGAGACCGAGCAUCCACGCGGCGUCGUCAGGGAGAGCAGCGUGAUAUUCCGGCGUAACAGAGCGCUGGGCUAUGUGAGCAACCAAGUUCCCGCGGUAACGCGCUAUGUAAAGCGCCGUCGGGAUACACUGCUGAUCACCUGCAUUGGACGCUCCUUCCAAGUGUAUACAGCUAGUCAUUUUCGACUGUUGCAUGUGAGCGGUCUGCAUCCGGAUGAAAUUACUGCAAUGGCAGCGGACAAAAUGCACACGUACACGGCCAGCAACAAGUGCAUCUAUGCGUGGCGCGCUGGCAAGCAUAUAAGACAUGUGUAUCGUCAUGACACCGACGUGCACCUAUUGCUACCAUUUGGCCCCAAUCUGAUUGCUGUUGAUCGCAGCAAUGCGCUUAAAGUAUGGAAUAUACACACAGAUGAUGUGUACUUGGAUGUGCCCUUCCACAAAGAAGAGUUUCUCAUCACGGCUAUAGCACAUCCGCCCACAUAUGUCAACAAGAUUGUGUUGGGAUCGCAACAGGGUCAACUGAAAGUUCUAAAUAUCAAGAAGAACAGUAUUCUAUGCACUCUUAGUCGACACACCAGUCGCAUAACCUGCAUAGAACCAGCGCCAGCAUUGGAUGUGGUGGCUGUAGGAUACGGCGAUGGUUCCAUUAUAGUCUUAAAUCUGAAAUUCGAUGAAGUGGUUGUGGCGUUUAAGCAGGACUGGGGCAUGGUUACCAGGCUGACGUUCCGCACAGAUGGUCCACCAAUAUUGGUGUCAACGUGCAGCAAUGGCUAUAUGGCCAUGUGGAAUCUAGAGGAACGCAAGCUGGCUGGUCAGCUUCAGGCGCAUGAGGAGACCGUAACCACGGCUGUUUGCUUGCCCAGCGAGCCGUUAGUGUAUACCACCUCGCCCGAUAAUUCCAUGAAACUGUUUGUUUUCGAUAUGCCCGAUGGUGGUCCACGCCUGCUUCGCAUACGCGAAGGACACACAAAACCGCCGCUGUGCAUACGCUAUCAUGGCGCUGCGGGCGUGUCUAUACUCUCUGCUGGCGAAGAUUCCACUCUGCGCGUAUUCUCCACCAUAUCCGAGUCUCUCAACAAGAGUAUGGGUAGAGCCUCCUACAAUUCCAAGGCCACAAAAAAGAAAACUCGCUUUCAGUUUGAUAAGUACAGCAUGCCGCCCAUAGUAGAGUUCACUUCGGACGUAGCACGCGAGAAGGAAUGGGACAACAUUGCCGCCAUACACGCUGGCAUUAUACAGACCACCACUUGGACAUUUGACAAGAGUCGAAUGGGAGAGCAUCGUUUGGUGCCCACGCAGUUUCAAAACAAAAAUCGCAGUGACUUUCAAGCCGAGACAACCUGCAUCAUUAUAACGCACUGCGGCAACUUUGUCGUCAUUGGCUACAACAGUGGCGAUGUCGAACGCUUUAAUAUACAAUCCGGAUUGCAUCGGGGCAGCUAUGGUGCGCCCAAUUCAGCGCAUGAAGCCGCAGUUCGCGGUGUGGCCAGUGAUAAUCUUAACCAAGUUUUGGUCACGGCCUGCUCCAAGGGACUUGUCAAGUUUUGGCACUUUAAAGGCAAAUCUGAGAAGCCAAUGGCUGUGCUCCGCUUAGCAGAUGGCGUUGCUUUGAUGCGACAGCAUCGGGAGAGCUCAAUGGUGGCCAUUGCCCUCGACACCUUUAAGAUUUAUGUGGUGGACAUACAUACGCGCGUUAUAGUACGCAAAUUCGUAGGACACACAGGCAAACUCAACGAUAUGUGCUUUAGUCCAGAUAGUCGUUGGCUUAUCAGCGCCGGCAUGGACUGCACCAUUAAAGUCUGGGAUAUACCCUCCUCUUAUAUGAUAGAUCACUUCCGUGUGGAGCGUCCUUGUAUAUCGCUAAGCAUGUCACCAAGCGGCGACUUCUUGGCCACAGCGCAUGUUGGUCUGCUGGGCCUUUACUUGUGGGCCAACAAAACGCUCUUCAAUCAAAUCUCGCUGCGUUCGAUUGAGCCGCUUGAUCCAGCGCCCUAUAUAGGACUGCCUACUAAUGUAUGCGAUGCCAUGGAACUGGAAGAUGCCAUGCAAGAGCUGGGCAUAGAUGAGGAUGACGAUACUGCAGAGCUGGGCGAGUUGAUCAAUGAAAAGUAUAAGUCCCCCAAGCAACUGUCGGAUGAACUAAUUACGUACUCUGGCCUUGCUGCCUCGCGUUGGCAAAAUCUUUUGGAUCUGGAUCUUAUUAAGCAGCGAAACAAACCCAAGGCACCACCCAAAGUUCCCAAGCAGGCGCCUUUCUUUUUGCCCACCGUAUCGGGUCUAGAGAUGCGCUUUGAUGUCAGCAAUGCUGCCAAUGAUGAUGGCUCGCGAGUACUGCAGCUGAGCACGCUCAACAAUCUAACAGUUUUUGGCAAAAUGCUGGAGGAAACUGCAGAAAGCGGCAACUAUCAAAGUGCCGUGGAUCACAUAACACAAUUGGGUCCUUCUAUGAUAGACUUUGAAAUCAAGUCACUGCAUCCGGAUGGUGGCGGCACUACAUUGGCCAUGGUGCAGUUCCUCAAGCUCAUUGAGUUUAUGCUUAACAGUAAUCUGAACUUUGAGCUUGCGCAGUCAUAUCUAAGUGUCUUUCUACGCUCACAUGGACUUAGUUUAACGGAGAAUCCCCAACUGGUUGAGGCGCUGCGUAGUGUUGCCAAAGUGCAACAGGAAUCCUGGGAGCGCAUUGAGAGUAAACUGAUUUACAACAUUGGUGUUGUGUCCGCCUUGAGAAACUUUGCGCGUUAGGUUCGUUCUAUAUAUUUAAACUAUUUACUUGUAGCUCCUUGUUUUUUGUAAAUAA